GAUGAUUUACGGGUGGAUGGAAGAGGCUGCGAAGACUACAGACAUAUGGAAAUAGAGACAGAUGUGGUUUCUAACACAGACGGAUCAGCUAAAGUCACUUUGGGACACACAGCAGUUCUUGUUGGGAUCAAAGCUGAAAUAGGAAAACCAAGACCAAUGAUACCAGACGAAGGAUACCUGGAGUUCUUUGUUGACUGUUCGGCCAACGCCACUCCUGAGUUUGAGGGCAGAGGAGGUGAAGAGCUGGGGACAGAGCUGAGCAACACGCUCUACAAAGUCUUCAACAACAAGCACAGUUUGGAUAUGAAGAGCCUCUGUAUCAGUCCUGGAG